UGUGUGUGUGUGUGUGUAUGUGUGCGCGUGUGUGUGUGCGCGCGCGCGCGUGUGGAGAGGGGAGAGGGAAGAGCGCGCGCGAGGGUGAGUGUGUGAGCGCAUGGGAAGGGAGCUGAACAUCCGAGGCGCGGGGACCACAGCGGCAGCCCUGCUGAAAACUGCGUCCAGCCAGUCCUCCGGACUUCGGAGCAGGGACCCGGCGUAGGGCAGCGGCACCCACCCGCAGGACCUGGGAGAUAGGCAUUCUUCUGCCUCCACUUCAGGGUUUUAGCAGUUUGGUGCUCAAUUGCUGCCUCAAAAUGCAGAGGAUCUAAUUUGCCGAGGAAAACGGCCAAAGAAGGAAGAGGAGGAAAAGGAAAAAGAAAAAAAGGGUAUUUUGUGGAUGCUCUACUUUUCUUGGAAAUGCAAAAGAUUAUGCAUAUAUCUGUCCUCCUUUCUCCUGUUUUAUGGGGACUGAUUUUUGGUGUCUCUUCUAACAGCAUACAGAUAGGGGGGCUGUUUCCCAGGGGCGCCGAUCAGGAAUACAGUGCAUUUCGGGUAGGGAUGGUUCAGUUUUCCACUUCGGAGUUCAGGCUGACACCCCACAUCGACAAUUUGGAGGUAGCAAACAGCUUCGCAGUCACCAAUGCUUUCUGCUCCCAGUUUUCAAGAGGAGUCUACGCUAUUUUUGGAUUUUACGACAAGAAGUCUGUCAACACCAUCACGUCAUUCUGUGGAACGCUGCACGUCUCCUUCAUCACCCCCAGCUUCCCGACUGAUGGUACCCAUCCGUUCGUCAUUCAAAUGAGACCUGACCUCAAAGGAGCACUUCUUAGCUUGAUCGAAUACUACCAGUGGGACAAGUUUGCAUACCUCUAUGACAGCGACAGAGGUUUAUCGACCCUCCAAGCCGUGCUGGACUCCGCAGCCGAGAAGAAGUGGCAGGUGACCGCCAUCAACGUGGGGAACAUCAACAAUGACAGGAAGGACGAGACGUACCGGUCGCUGUUCCAGGACCUGGAGCUAAAGAAGGAGCGGCGUGUCAUCCUGGACUGCGAACGGGAUAAAGUCAACGACAUCGUGGACCAGGUUAUUACCAUUGGAAAACAUGUUAAAGGGUACCAUUACAUCAUCGCGAACCUGGGAUUUACUGAUGGAGACCUAUUAAAAAUUCAGUUUGGAGGUGCAAAUGUCUCUGGAUUUCAGAUAGUGGACUAUGAUGAUUCCCUGGUAUCUAAGUUUAUAGAAAGAUGGUCAACACUGGAAGAAAAAGAAUACCCUGGAGCACACACUACUACAAUUAAGUAUACUUCUGCUCUGACCUAUGAUGCCGUACAAGUGAUGACUGAAGCUUUUCGCAACCUACGGAAGCAGAGGAUUGAAAUCUCCCGAAGAGGAAAUGCUGGAGACUGUCUGGCCAACCCAGCGGUGCCCUGGGGACAAGGUGUGGAGAUAGAACGGGCCCUCAAGCAGGUGCAGGUUGAAGGUCUCUCAGGAAAUAUCAAGUUUGACCAGAAUGGAAAAAGAAUAAAUUAUACAAUUAACAUCAUGGAGCUCAAAACAAAUGGGCCCCGGAAGAUCGGAUACUGGAGCGAAGUGGACAAAAUGGUUGUCACCCUCACCGAACUCCCUUCUGGAAAUGACACCUCUGGGCUUGAGAAUAAAACUGUUGUCGUCACUACAAUCUUGGAAUCUCCAUAUGUUAUGAUGAAGAAGAAUCACGAAAUGCUUGAAGGCAAUGAACGCUACGAGGGAUACUGUGUUGACUUGGCUGCAGAAAUUGCCAAACACUGUGGGUUCAAGUACAAGUUGACGAUUGUCGGGGAUGGCAAGUAUGGGGCCAGGGAUGCAGACACGAAAAUUUGGAAUGGGAUGGUUGGAGAGCUUGUCUAUGGGAAAGCUGACAUUGCAAUUGCUCCAUUAACCAUUACCCUUGUGAGAGAAGAGGUGAUUGACUUCUCCAAGCCCUUUAUGAGCCUCGGGAUAUCGAUCAUGAUCAAGAAGCCACAGAAGUCCAAGCCAGGAGUGUUUUCAUUCCUUGAUCCUUUAGCCUAUGAGAUCUGGAUGUGCAUUGUUUUUGCCUACAUUGGGGUCAGUGUGGUUUUAUUCCUGGUCAGCAGAUUUAGCCCCUACGAGUGGCACACUGAGGAGUUUGAAGAUGGACGAGAAACCCAAAGUAGUGAAUCAACUAAUGAAUUUGGGAUUUUUAAUAGUCUCUGGUUUUCCUUGGGUGCCUUUAUGCAGCAAGGAUGCGAUAUUUCGCCAAGAUCCCUCUCUGGGCGCAUUGUUGGAGGUGUGUGGUGGUUCUUUACCCUGAUCAUAAUCUCCUCCUACACGGCUAACUUAGCUGCCUUCCUGACCGUAGAGAGGAUGGUGUCUCCCAUCGAGAGUGCGGAAGACCUCUCUAAGCAAACGGAAAUUGCUUAUGGAACCUUAGACUCCGGCUCCACUAAAGAAUUUUUCAGGAGGUCUAAAAUUGCAGUGUUUGAUAAAAUGUGGACGUAUAUGAGAAGCGCUGAGCCCUCCGUGUUUGUGAGGACCACCGCCGAGGGGGUGGCCAGAGUGCGGAAGUCCAAGGGGAAAUACGCCUACUUACUGGAGUCCACCAUGAACGAGUACAUCGAGCAGAGGAAGCCUUGUGACACCAUGAAAGUUGGUGGGAACCUGGAUUCCAAAGGCUACGGCAUCGCAACGCCUAAAGGAUCCUCAUUAAGAAAUGCGGUUAACCUCGCAGUACUAAAACUGAAUGAACAAGGCCUGUUGGACAAAUUGAAAAACAAAUGGUGGUACGACAAAGGAGAGUGCGGCAGCGGGGGAGGUGACUCCAAGGAAAAGACCAGUGCCCUCAGCCUGAGCAACGUGGCUGGAGUGUUCUACAUCCUUGUCGGGGGCCUCGGCUUGGCCAUGCUGGUGGCUUUGAUUGAGUUCUGUUACAAGUCGAGGGCGGAGGCGAAGCGAAUGAAGGUGGCAAAGAGUGCGCAGAAUAUUAACCCAUCUUCCUCGCAGAAUUCGCAGAAUUUUGCAACUUAUAAGGAAGGUUACAACGUAUAUGGCAUCGAAAGUGUUAAAAUUUAGGGGAUGACCUUGAGCGAUGCCAUGAGGAGCAAGGCAAGGCUGUCAGUGACAGGAAGUACUGGAGACAAUGGACGUGUUAUGACUGGAGAAUUUCCCAAAGCGGUGCAUGCUGUCCAUUACGUGAGUCCCGGCAUGAGAAUGAAUGUCAGUGUGACUGAUGGCUCGUGGUUGAUAAGAACCUUCUGAGUGCCUUACACGAUGGUUUUCUUGUGUGUUUAUUGUCACAAAGUGGUGAGAGGCAUCCGGUAUCGCGAAGACUUUUCUUUCAGCCAAGAAUUCUUAAAUAUGCGGGAUUCAUCUUGAAGUGUAAGGAAUGGUUACUGAAAAACACAACACCCUUUUCUACUCCAGUUCCAGAUGACGCUGGGCGGAGUCGCGCCGCUCACGCGGAAGUGCGCUCACUUAACAGCAGUCUUUGUACAGACAGCAAACCCGUUUCUGCAGCCACUGUUGUUAGUCUCUUGAUUCAUAAUGACUUAAGCACACUUGACAUCAACUGCAUCAAGAUGUGACAUGUUUUAUAAGAAAAAGAAAAAAAAAACAUUUAAAAUGAAAAAAAAUAUUUUUAGGUAUUUUCACAAACAAACUGGCUUUUAAAUAAAUUUGCUUCCGUGUGGGUUGGAUAAGACAAAAACGAUGAAACUUAGUGGGACAGGAUGAUCAAGGCUUUAGGUGUCAGUUCCAUAUUUUUCAAAGCCAAAUAUGUAAAUGCUAAGGAAAGAAAACCAAGAGAAGAUUCCAAUCUUGUAGUAAUUUAAUGUUGUUAUCCAAACUUUAAUGUACCCUCUUCUUUAACAUUUGGUGUUAAUAUAAAAUUACUUGGCAAUGCUUGACAUUUGAAAUAAACACUUUUCUAUUGUUUUAUUUGCAAGUGGUCCAAUUAAUUUUGCUUAGCUACAGUUUGGUCAUAAAUUGAGUUCAGAGACACAAUCAAAUUGUUAGGUUCCCAGAGAAAUCAGCCCCCUUUUAAGAAGGCCAGGUGGUUCCUAAAGUAUAAACUUGUCCCCAGACAGUAUCUGAACCUGUUUUUCGUAUGUCUUAUUAUAUAUAAAGGAAUAUUUAACAUAAAGCAUUUAAUCUAUGUAGAUAAAUGCGAAUAGACUUUAAAACGCUAAUAUUAAAAAAACAAAUAGAGUAUGUGAGUAGGUUCCAUUUUAAAGUGUUUGAGCUGACAGAAGAGAAAUGUUAGUUGUACAUGAAGUUAGAAAUGCCUCAACAGAAUAGCCUCGAAAGUAGCUUUUUAGAGCGACGCCCCCGAUCAGAUGCCAUGAACUAAAUCUGAGGCUUUGGUUUUAAAAUUGUAAGAGGUUUCAUAAACCUUACAUAUGAUGAAUAAUUUAAGGACUUUUGAGUCACCUGCAAUCUAGUUUCUUCCUAUUACCAUCAACAGAAUAAUAUAUUAGUUUCUGCCCAUUGCCAAGAAUAAUAUAUUAUUUUUAUACAUAUGCCUCAGGUGGAAUGGCUAUUUUAAAAUGCCCAGUGUGGAUAAAACAUCACAUUUCCGUAACUUUUAACUAAAAAGCUUGUAUUUCUCUAGUGAAGCAAUUUAAAGGAACUCUCUUUCCCUUCAUAAAAGACCGUGUAUUUCCACCGGAGCCCCCUAAAAUAAACUUAAUCUAGGGUUUUAAACAAUUAUUAACAUCCAGUAGUUAUUUUUUUUAUAUUUCUAGUCUUGUUAUUUCUGCAAGUAUGCCUUUGAGCAGCACUUGGUGUUUUGCUAAGUGCCUUGAAAACAUUCUGAUUUAUGAUAUUUCACAGCAGGGAAAGAGAAAUGUAAGCUCUAAUAGCAGCCACUUGCGUUGAACAGGGUGGCACAUGGUAUCAUAAUGUUCCUCCCUAAAUUUAGCUGUCCCUGAUCACAGAUUCCUAGAUAAUACACGAUAAUUUUUUUUAGUGCAUUUCUCCUCAUCAGGAAUGUUGGAGGUGCAUUUUAAGUUUUAAUAAUCAAUGCUAGAAUGACCAAAUUGCAGACUAAUUGUUUCCAUGUUACACUUCAAAUGAGUUUUUACAAAUGAAAGCGAUGACUGGAUACAGUCAGAUGCUAAUUAUUGUACCUCUGGGCCUACUCUUCUAAAAAUCGUAGCUUCUCAAUUUUUCUCUGUCAAGCUUGAACUCAUGUAAAUAAUUGAAAUAAUGUAAAGUUAUAUUUUCAUGUUUUUAUAGUACGACAUGACAAGAAUACUUAAUGUAAGAGUAUUUCAACUGUGGAUAAUGUUGAUUGGAUAAUGCACAUCUCAGUUUCAAGCAGUAACCAUAGUUUAAUAUCCAUGUAACGGUGCAUCGGUAUAUUCUAUAUAAAUAUGUCUGUGUGCAUAUAAGUGACAAGUGGUCCAACAAGAGUGAUGACAGCUGUCUAAAGGUUUUUUUAUUCAUUUUAUAUAAAAACUGUUAUGGAAAGACCAAAAUGUUUAUGAACUAUUCUUAUGUAAAUUUACAACUGUCCUUGACUGUACUUUUUUGUUUACAGUAACUGGUACCUUAUUUUCUGCUGUGUUAAGUGGUGUCAAACUCCAAGGAGACAUACACUUUCUAUAACUUCUAUUGGAGAUAUUGGAAUUUCCAAUUUUUCAUGUGUACUAUUGUCAGAAAAUGCUUUUGAUUUUAUUUUUAAAUCUAACAUCGGAUGGCUUUUUCGGAGUGUUGUAAAAACUUCAAUCAUACAUAAAACAUGUUCUUACAAAAGG